AUGAGCGCAGGCGACAAGAUCGGAGGUGCCUUCAAGGGCGCCAUUGACACCAUCCACGGUGCAGGCGAGACCAUCCGCGGAACCAUCAACGACGGCCUCGAUUCCGCCGGCGAGGGUCUCCGAAGCGCCGACUCCGAUAACACCACCGCCAAAACCUCCGAUCCUUCCGCCUUCGGCAAGAGCAGCGACUACGACCACUCCGGCAACCACCAGGGCGUCGCCGAAAAGGGCACAAACGAGUUCAAGCAGGGCGUAGAGCAGCUCCAAAACGCCUUCAGCUCCAACCGCACCACUUCCUCCUCUUCCACCACACACACUUCCACCUGA